GACCGGGGCUGGGAGCACUGGCGGCCAGGGUCGCAGCCAUGGCCGAGUCUGUGGAGCGGCUGCAGCAGUGGGUCGAGGAGCCGGAGCGGGAACUGGCCCAGGAGAGAAGUCGCCGGGCCCUGGGGGACGGCGAUGGAGGAGGCGGUCGGGCCUGCGUCGAAAAGAUGAGCCCCGAAGUGGUGGAUUCCAACCCCUACAGCCGCCUGAUGGCAUUGAAACGAAUGGGAAUUGUAAGUGACUAUGAGAAACUCCGUACCUUUGCUGUAGCAAUAGUGGGUGUUGGUGGAGUUGGCAGUGUGACUGCUGAAAUGCUGACAAGAUGUGGCAUUGGUAAGUUGCUACUCUUUGACUAUGACAGGGUGGAACUGGCCAAUAUGAAUAGACUUUUCUUCCAGCCUCAUCAAGCAGGAUUAAGUAAAGUUCAAGCAGCAGAACAUACUUUGAGGAACAUUAAUCCUGAUGUUCUUUUUGAAGUACACAACUACAAUGUAACCACAGUAGAAAACUUUGAACGUUUCAUGAAUAGAAUAAGUAAUGGUGGAUUAGAAGAAGGAAAACCUGUUGACCUAGUUCUUAGCUGUGUGGACAGUUCUGAAGCUCGAAUGACAAUAAAUACAGCUUGUAAUGAGCUUGGACAAACAUGGAUGGAGUCCGGGGUCAGUGAAAAUGCAGUUUCAGGGCAUAUACAGCUCAUAAUUCCUGGAGAAUCUGCUUGUUUUGUGUGUGCUCCACCACUUGUAGUUGCUGCAAAUAUUGAUGAGAAGACGAAACGGGAAGAUGUUUGUGCAGCCAGUCUUCCUACCACUAUGGGAGUGGUUGCUGGGAUCUUGGUACAAAAUGUGUUAAAGUUUCUGUUAAAUUUUGGUACUGUUAGUUUUUACCUUGGAUACAAUGCAAUGCAGGAUUUUUUCCCUACUAUGUCCAUGAAGCCAAAUCCUCAGUGUGAUGACAGAAAUUGUAGGAAGCAACAGGAAGAAUAUAAGAAAAAGGUAGCAGCACUGCCCACACAGGAGGUUGUUCAAGAAGAGGAAGAGAUAAUACAUGACGACAAUGAGUGGGGUAUUCAGUUGGUACCUGAGGUUUCAGGAGAGGAACUGAAAAAUUCUUCAGGUCCAAUUCCUGACUUACCUGAAGGAAUUACAGUGGCAUAUACAGUUCCCCCAAAGCAAGAAGAUUCUGUACCUGAAGUAACAGUGGAAGAUUCUGGUGAAAGCUUGGAAGACCUCAUGGCCAAGAUGAAGAGCAUGUAAAUAAUGGACUGGCCUGUAUUUUA